CGCCGUUUAAUAAGCCCGUACGUGGCAGUCGCAGAGCAGUACACAGCAGCUGAGCCUGUUGCGGCUUCUUCCUGCAGCGAUUCUCUACUACUAGCUGGCACCCUGCAGGUUCUACUGAAGCUUUGUACCUUUAAACUCGGUGGAACUGUCGCCACGCACCAUUUGAAUCAUGUUCACCGUGUCAGAGCUGGUUGUCUUGCUGGCCGUCCUGUCUGCCACCGCGUCCGGCUACUUCGUUAGCAUAGACGCCCAUGCCGAGGAGUGCUUCUACGAGCGGGUCAACUCCGGCACCAAGAUGGGCCUCAUGUUCGAGGUGGCCGAAGGAGGCUUCCUGGACAUCGAUGUCGAGAUAACAGGACCUGAUGGCAAGCAGAUUUACAAAGGGGAUAGAGAGUCCAGUGGGAAAUAUUCAGUGGCAGCACACAUGGACGGAACCUACAAGUUCUGCUUCAGCAACAAGAUGUCCACCAUGACACCCAAGAUUGUCAUGUUCACAAUCGAUAUUGGAGAGGCACCUAAAGGCCAAGACAUGGAGACGGAAGGUGGUGACAGCUGGGAUGCCCACCAAAACAAACUGGAGGAGAUGAUCAACGAGCUGGCAGUCGCUAUGACAGCCGUAAAGCAUGAGCAGGAGUACAUGGAGGUCCGCGAGAGGAUACACAGAGCAAUCAACGACAACACAAACAGCCGAGUGGUGCUGUGGUCGUUCUUUGAAGCUCUGGUUCUGGUGGCGAUGACACUUGGACAGAUUUACUACCUUAAGAGAUUUUUUGAAGUACGGCGAGUGGUGUAGUCCGAUUUAAUGACCCCUCUGUGUCCUUCACUGUUUUCUUCAACACCAAGACAGUUAUUUACACUCUGGAAAUGAGACUGGCAGUUUUGAGUAAAAGCCUACAUUUGAUCGAUUCUCAGAUGUUUUGUUCUCCUGUUACCCGUUUGGUUCCUUCUUUAUAAAUGUUAUGUAUGUUUGGAACAAAUGGCCAAAAGGUUCUGGGAUAGAUGGCAGUUUUCAAUAGUUUUACUUUUUUUUUUUUUUGCUCUUUUGUCCAAUAUUGAUUGAUUGCAGUUAAUUACAUGACUGUGGGCUUACUAAUUUAAAAUAUCUGUACCUGCAGUCAGAUGAAUAAAAUCACUGGAUAGAUGUGUGCUGUCACCACAGGAGUGUAACUGAGUUUUAAGUGGAAACCUUGGAACCUUUUCAAAUGAAAAAAUGGCAAAUAGAAUGCAUUAUCCUGUUGUCUGAGAUGCAGAGGGUUGUGUUUCCAGUGUCAAAACCAAGUCAGACAAUAUGCUGGCCGAUUUGUGAUAUCUGCCCAUUGUGUUAAUGCUCUCAAACUACAAAUUGCACUCCUGUUGAAUAAAUAUCUGAAGGAUUCACAUUGCAGCUGGUCUUUAAGGGAAACUGUACAGCUUUUAGCACUAUCUGUUGAUUCAUAGCGAUUCAUGCCAUCAGGGUUGGGGCUUCAGCGGACAUCUUUUCCAGGGAAAUGGUGCAGCUACUCCCCAUGUAGGUCAGAAAACGGCAACAGGGGAGUGAUUUUUUUUUUUUUUUUUUUUUUUUUUUUUUGCCUCACUUAGUUUAAUUUUGAAACGCUUCGAUUUUACAAAUUGGCUGCAAGGUAUUGAAAUGCUGAGGCAAAGUGGGAUUUUACCUGAACUAUUUGGAGUACAACUCCAAAGUGAAGUGCAGAGAAAAUACAAAUUACAUGUUGGUUGAAGCUGACUGGCUGGAUUAGUGGGUGGGGUCUGACACCUAAUGACUGCUGUGUGCUUUGGUUGCUUUUACUAUUUUGUUGAGGUCGGGGAUUUUAAAUUAUACAAUUGUAUACAAUUUUGGACUGUUUUUUUUCUUCUGGAGAAUAUUCAGUAACAUGCAUUUCCUUGGAUGAUGCCUUUACACUCUUAUUUACACAGACAAGGUAAAAACAGACAUCCAAGGCAGUAGCUUCACAUCUAGCAAGUGUUGCAUGGGACGGAAUAUGCUCCAGCUUUGUAUUAAAAACAAUUUUUGAUGAGCUCAGGCAGGUAAGCUGCUCUGUGUACAGUCUGUCCUUUUUUGCGAUUACAAGAAAAUCUGCUAAAUCAAUCUGUAUAAAUGUAGAAUGGUUGUCUGUGGAAAAUGCCCCAGGUUUCAUAAUAAAGCCAAUAUUCUAUACAAUUA